CCACCGCGAGCGCCGCCUCCGCGUCUUGGCGGGGGCCACUUCCGCUUCCGUUACUGGGACCAAGACCCUCGGCUGUUGCCGCCGCCGCCGCCUUUGCUGCCAUGACUGCCACUCUUCGCCCCUAUCUCAAUGCUGUGCGCGCUACCCUGCAGGCCGCCCUGUGCCUGGAGAACUUCUCGUCCCAGGUGGUGGAGCGGCACAACAAGCCGGAGGUGGAAGUCAGAAGCAGCAAGGAGUUACUGCUGCAGCCAGUGAUCAUCAGCAGGAAUGAGAAAGAAAAAGUCCUAAUUGAAGGGUCAAUCAACUCUGUGCGAGUCAGCAUUGCAGUGAAGCAGGCCGAUGAGAUUGAGAAGAUCCUGUGUCACAAAUUUAUGCGCUUCAUGAUGAUGAGAGCAGAGAACUUCUUCAUUUUACGUCGGAAACCAGUUGAGGGCUACGACAUUAGCUUCCUGAUCACAAACUUCCAUACAGAGCAGAUGUACAAGCACAAGCUGGUGGACUUUGUCAUUCAUUUCAUGGAGGAAAUUGACAAGGAAAUCAGCGAGAUGAAGCUGUCCGUCAAUGCCAGAGCUCGCAUUGUGGCAGAGGAGUUCCUGAAGAAUGGUCAAGUGGACACCAAGCACGGGGGGCAAGCCACAAAUGUGCAUGAGUCCUCAGAGGUAGCAGGGAGACAGUAUGAGCCGCAACUAAGAAACGCCAAACAGCCGCACGGGAGUCUUGCGGAGGAGCUGGGCCCUCGCCGGCGGCGGGAACGGGAGCCUCAGCUUUUCGGGGGCGGGGAAGGGACUCGGAAACUGCCCACAUACCUGUUCACUGUGAAUUGCUGGACAGGCAGUGGAGCUGGCACCAAGAAUAUGCAGUUGGGCCCAAAGUGUAAAGCAGGAGGGGACAGUGACGCUGGAGGGGGCAGAAGGACCAGCAGAGGAGUUGGCAGACUGAAGCCUGAUGGAGAUGCCCCCUCCAACGUCGAACGUACACAACUGCACCCCACUCGCCGUCAUCCAUCCACUGCUCCUAGUACCAGCAGGUAUAGACCAGAAGGAGAUGCAGCCUCUCUGAUAGAGGGACGCUCACCUCGCAGCAUCAGCUUCAACUCUUCCUUCAACCCAGACCGCCUCAAGCAAGCCAGGCAGUUUGUGGAGAGAGCCAUCAAGCAAAGGAAGAUCUUCAUGGUGAACGGCCCUUACCCUGUGAUUCGGAGACGGCUGCUUGGCAGGGGCUGGGUGGAGAGGAAGUUUCCCAAGGUGGCUAAAGUAGUGAAUAAGCGAGAACGUCUGCCUGAUGGGGACCAGGAUGAAGAGGGUGAUGACAGUGAUGGGCCUGAGGAAGAUGAGGAGGAAGAGGGGGAAGAGGAACAGGAUGAUGCCAUUGAUAGUACCUAUAGCCUCAUGUCAAGGUUGGUUCGCAAUCAGAUCCCCUAUUUCAUCUGGACCAACCGGCGUGAUGUCAUUGACUGCCGCCUCCUGCGCAAAGAUCAGAUGAUGAACCACUAUGCCAAGGCGGGCACCUUCACCACCAAGGUAGGGCUGUGUCUUAACCUGCGAAACCUGCCAUGGUUUGACCAGGCUGAUGCCGAUACCUUUUUCCCACGUUGUUACCGCCUUGGAGCUGAAGACGAAAAGCAUGCCUUUAUUGAGGAUUUCCAGCUCACUGCAGCCAGGAGCCUUCUCAAAGUGGUGGUGAAACGAUACUGGAAUGAACCCCCCGACACGACAAGACCGGAUGCUAAUCAGAAUGAGCCCCCAAAUUUCCCAGAGACUCCAGUCAAGCAGUACCACAGCCGGAAGAAAGGGGUCCUGCUCCCAUCCCAGCUGAUUGAGACUGCGAUACAUGCCUGCGAGGAACACAUGAGCAGCUUGAGGCACCAGGACAUUGACAGAGAAUCUGGUUCUCCUUUGCUAAUGAAAAAGUCGCACUGGGAAAAGUUUCUACAUGGAUACUACCAGCUAGCCCAUGAGGGGGCGCAGAUAGUGCAGACAGGUGACCACGUCGAGCGGUGCGAAGACGUCCUUCACCGACUGUCAAAGGUCGUCCCGCAGCUGGACAUGGAAGGGGACAGGAACAUAUGGAUUGUGAAGCCAGGAGCCAAGUCACGGGGCAGAGGCAUCAUGUGCAUGGACCGCUUGGAGGAAAUAGUGAAGCUAGUAGACUGCGACCCCAUGAUCGUAAAGGACGGCAAGUGGGUGGUGCAGAAAUACAUUGAGACGCCCCUGCUCAUCUUUGGCACCAAGUUUGAUCUGCGCCAGUGGUUCCUGGUGACCGACUGGAACCCACUGACCAUCUGGUUCUACCAGCAUAGCUACAUCCGCUUCUCCACGCAGCCCUUUUCCCUACACAAACUGGACACCUCCAUCCACCUGUGCAACAACUCCAUCCAGAAGCACUACGAGAACUCGUUGAACCGCCACUCUGAGCUCCCCCGCGACAACAUGUGGUCGUCUGAGCAGUUCCAGGCUCACCUGCGACAGAUGGGGGCCCCCGAGGCGUGGUCCACAGUGAUUGUGCCCGGCAUGAAGGCCGCAAUCAUUCACGCCAUGCAGACCUCGCAAGACUUAGUGGAGUUCCGCAAAAACAGCUUUGAGCUCUACGGCGCAGACUUCCUCUUUGGAGAAGAUUACCAGCCGUGGCUGAUUGAGAUCAAUGCCAGCCCCACCAUGGCAGCCUCCACUGCCAUCACUACCCGCCUUUGCGCCAGCGUGCAGGAGGACACCUUGCGUGUGGUCAUCGAUCGCAAGUACGAUCGCAAUUGCAACACGGGGAACUUUGAGCUCAUCUACAAACAGGCAGCUGUGGAAAUCCCUCAGUACGUUGGCACUAGCCUUUUGGUAGAAGGCUCCACCGUCAAGAGGCCUCCACCCCAGAGAAGCCCCGUGCCUGGUGACACCAGGAACAGCAGCGGGCCGCAGCCACCCAAGCCUAAGCUGAUCUACCGGCGCAGUAACCAGGAUACCCCUCGAGCCCCCACCCCGUGCUGGGCGUCCGCCAACGGCAAGGCGACCGAGCCUGCGGCUCCUGGGAAGGAGAACAAAGCCCGGGAGAAGGCGCCUGGCAGCAAGGUCCCCGAUUCGACGCCCGCAAGGUUCAAGCUGCCCAGCAAGCUCAACGCAGACCCCCGCAACCGGAAAGUGCAGAUGGUCCAUAGCAUGGCUACCGCCAUGGUCGUCCCGGCGGGCAAGCUGUCUGGCCCGGCUCAGCCCUGUGCCACGCCCAGCUCCCAGAGCCUAGCCCCCCAGGAGCCCGCCCUCCACCAGGCCAAGGAUCCCAAAGGCACCAACGCAGUGGCUCAGGUGCCCGGCAAGGCAGCCCCAGUUCCAGGCCUGGCUGCAAUUCACAAGCUCCCCUGCCUCUUCUGCAACGGAAAGGCCAUGGCAAGUUGGCAAGUGCUGUGCUGCUCCAGAGCUGGGCCUCGGCGGCGGCUUCCUAGGACUCCCAAAUUCUUCUACCGCAAGGCGGUCAUCUCAUGCCAGACUCAGGAUGUGCAGCAGCUGCCACCCCUGGUACCAGCUUUUGAAAAUCAGAUGUCUGUAUUGCCUCCAGUGGGGGGGAAAGGAGACUAUGAAACCACAUGCAAUAAUCCCGCCACGGCAGCCGACUCGAUGCCGUCAGGCUUGGUAAAAAUUUGAGAAGGAACUCCAGGAGAGUUGCACGUAGAAAUCCACUCUGGCUUGGAACUUUGAGAAGACCUCUAGUGGAUCGUGUAGUGCCCGAAUCAAUUGUCUAUAGAUUCUAAAGAUGACUGGGUCUCUCUUCUGCUUCCCCGAAACAACCGCCAGGCUGCAGAAUUAGGUUGAUCCUAGGCUCUUCCCCAUCACAUGAUUGAUAACUUUUGGAAGUCUUCCAACCAUCAACGUGAAAAAUGCAGCACCCUGGGAGAC